UCAGUAUACUAUUGGGAUUUGGGGAGAGAGGUGUUUAAGUACAGGUGCAUCAAUAGAAUUCAUCGAAAGAUCUGAUCGGACUUGCGGCCUGCGGUUUCCCCUCUUCGACUCAAUUGUUCUUCUCCACCCUUCUUCUGAAAGCAAUCCCAAAAAGCCCAUCAUAACCGCUUCCGGUUCCGUUCAAACGACGAUCGCCGACGCCCUUUCUCCGCUUGCAUCUCGCCUCUGCCUGAAAAGCUUCACCCCUUUCUCUCCCAACUCCACGCGGAGUAUCCUACACGUCUCUUUCUAGGGCGCUUUACCCGAUUUCAUCUCAGCCUUGGCCUGUCAGUGCUUCGUCGAUAGUAAAUAUGUUUUUCGAUGGAUAUGGUUACCAAGGAACAUCAUUCGAGCAAACGUAUCGGUGUUAUCCUGCAUCUUUUAUUGACAAGCCUCAUAUAGAAAAUGGAGACAAAAUUAUAAUGCCUCCAUCUGCUCUUGACCGCCUUGCAUCUCUACAUAUCGAGUACCCGAUGCUGUUUGAACUUCACAAUGCUGCGGCUGAGAGGGUGUCUCAUUGUGGUGUUUUGGAGUUUAUUGCAGAAGAAGGCAUGAUAUAUAUGCCAUAUUGGAUGAUGGAAAAUUUGUUGUUGCAAGAAGGAAGCUUUGUACGAGUGAAGAAUGUUUCUCUUCCUAAGGGCACAUAUGUGAAAUUGCAACCCCACACAAAAGAUUUCCUGGAUAUUUCCAACCCAAAAGCCAUCUUGGAGACAACACUCAGGAACUUCUCAUGCUUAACCACAGGAGAUAGUAUCAUGAUGGCUUAUAACAAUAAAAAGUACUACAUAGAUAUAAUCGAGGCGAAGCCAUCUAACGCUAUUAGUGUCAUUGAAACAGACUGUGAAGUUGAUUUUGCUCCUCCUCUUGAUUAUAAGGAACCUGAAAGACCUGUCUCUUCUCUUCCAAACAAGGCCCCUGCUGAAGGUGAAGAGAGUCAAGUUGAUGAUAUACCCAAGUUCAACCCUUUUACGGGUGCAGGAAAACGAUUGGAUGGAAAAUCUUUGAAGUAUGACCCACCACCCGCUUCCCCGUCUGGACUCAAAACUGAGGCAACCAAAACUUCUUCCCCUGCAUCAUCAAGCACUCGAAGUACAAAUAGUCAAUCUCAAGGGAAGCUUGUGUUUGGCUCGAAUGGGAACCGCCAGCGUGAAACACCCAAGAAAGAAACUGCUAAAGAAGAACCGCAAAAGAAAGAAGAGCCAAAGUUUCAACCUUUCACUGGGAAAAAAUACUCACUGAGGGGCUGACUGUAAUUAUGUUCCCAAGUUAAAUGCUCUGCAUCUGACAAAUUGAUUUCAUGCCCCUUAACUCAAGUGUGAAUGUUAGAUGGUACAAAGCUGUUGAUUGGUACCUUUUCGGCAUAUUUUUGUGCUGUAUGAUUUAACUUAUGAACUUCUCCGGCACAUAAAUAUGAAAAUGGUUUGGAUUGUUUGCUACUAAUCAUAAUUUAGUUCAUUCUUUUUUGGCUUAAUAUAAAUGUGUUACUACCUUC